UUUAAAAAACUACUUCCCAUGAUGCAAAUGUUGAUGAAUUGUAUUUUCACUUUCACAUUCAUUGAUACGAAUGCUCAGCUUAGCCAUAACCGGAUUCAUUUUUUGAAGACAACGAGGAUUUUAACUGAAAAGCAUAGUUUUGUUCCCAAGUAGUACUGGGCAGCCAUGACUCGCUUUGUUCUGCUUGUGAAUCUCAUAGUUCUGCCUGUUCACCUUUGGGCUGCAGUCACUCAAGAGCACACUUCAUUCCCCACAUCAGUCAAUGGAGAACCAUUCCCAUGGAACAAAAUGAGACUUCCAGACACAGUAUCUCCCCUUCAUUACCAUCUCCUUGUGCACCCCAAUCUUACAAGUUUAGACUUUACUGGAUGGGUGCAGAUCCAAAUUGAGGUCCAUGAAAACACCAGGACUAUCAUACUGCACAGCAAGGAUCUUCAUAUCUCCAAUGCAAGGUUGCUAGGUUCAGACAAAGGUCAGCUACAGGCCCUGAAGGUGCUAGAGUACCCAUACUUCCAGCAGAUUGCGCUUAUAUCUGAUAAUGCACUGCUGAAGAGGGGCCAUGUAUAUUCAGUUGAACUGGAGUUUGCCGCCAACCUCUCUGAAAGCUUUCAUGGAUUUUACAAAAGCACGUACCGCAGCAACAAAGGAGACGUCAGGGUUGUGGCCUCCACACAGUUUGAGCCGACUAGUGCCCGGGCAGCCUUUCCCUGUUUUGAUGAACCUGACUUCAAAGCAAACUUUUCCAUACGGAUUCGCAGAGAAGCAAAGCAUAUUGCCCUCUCAAACAUGCCUAAGCUGAGAACAUUAGAGCUGCCAGACGGCCUGUUUGAGGACCAGUUUGAUGUGAGUGUAAAGAUGAGCACAUACCUGGUGGCCUUCAUUGUCUCUGACUUUCUGUCUAUCAGCAAGAUGAGUCUGCAUGGAGUCCAGAUUUCAGUGUAUGCUGUGCCAGAGAAGAUCGACCAGGCAGAGUUUGCUCUGGAUGCUGCAGUGAAGCUGCUCGACUUUUAUGAUGACUACUUUGACAUUCCGUACCCUCUACCCAAACAGGAUCUUGCUGCUAUCCCAGACUUCCAGUCUGGAGCAAUGGAGAAUUGGGGCCUGACCACCUACCGGGAAUCAGCCCUUCUUUUUGACCCCCACAAGUCUUCUGCUUCUGACAAGCUGGGCAUCACGAUGAUCAUCGCUCAUGAACUGGCCCAUCAGUGGUUUGGUAACCUUGUGACCAUGCAGUGGUGGAAUGAUCUGUGGCUGAAUGAAGGUUUUGCCAAGUUCAUGGAGUUUGUGUCUGUUAACAUCACCAAUCCUGAACUGCAAGUUGAGGAUUAUUUCUUGGGGAAGUGUUUCGAGGCCAUGGAGGUAGACUCCUUAAGCUCCUCUCACCCAGUGUCCACACCGGUGGAGAACCCUGCUCAGAUACAGGAAAUGUUUGAUGAUGUUUCCUAUGACAAGGGGGCUUGUAUUCUGAACAUGCUGAGAGAGUUCCUGACCCCAGAUGCCUUCAAACUGGGCAUUGUGAGAUACCUAAAACGCUACAGUUACCAGAAUACGGUCAAUAGUAACCUGUGGGAAAGUCUGACCAAUGUGUGUGACUCUGAUGGUCUGGAUGAGGGCAGAAUGAAGGGUGAUGAGUCUUGCCGGCGCUCAGUCUCACACUCUGGAGCUUCUAAAUGGCACUCUGAGGAUGAGCUGGAUGUUAAGGCUAUGAUGGAGACAUGGACAUUGCAGGAGGGCUUUCCACUCAUUACGGUGGAGGUCAGAGGUCGCGAAGUCAGACUAAGUCAAGAGCGUUACCUCAAGAGUGAUGACCCCUCACAAACAUCUAGGGUUUAUGCUGUUGAAAAUGUGCUUGCAAUUGAGAUAGCGCUGUACAUUCCUCUACCCAAACAGGAUCUUGCUGCUAUCCCAGACUUCCAGUCUGGAGCAAUGGAGAAUUGGGGCCUGACCACCUACCGGGAAUCAGCCCUUCUUUUUGACCCCCACAAGUCUUCUGCUUCUGACAAGCUGGGCAUCACGAUGAUCAUCGCUCAUGAACUGGCCCAUCAGUGGUUUGGUAACCUUGUGACCAUGCAGUGGUGGAAUGAUCUGUGGCUGAAUGAAGGUUUUGCCAAGUUCAUGGAGUUUGUGUCUGUUAACAUCACCAAUCCUGAACUGCAAGUUGAGGAUUAUUUCUUGGGGAAGUGUUUCGAGGCCAUGGAGGUAGACUCCUUAAGCUCCUCUCACCCAGUGUCCACACCGGUGGAGAACCCUGCUCAGAUACAGGAAAUGUUUGAUGAUGUUUCCUAUGACAAGGGGGCUUGUAUUCUGAACAUGCUGAGAGAGUUCCUGACCCCAGAUGCCUUCAAACUGGGCAUUGUGAGAUACCUAAAACGCUACAGUUACCAGAAUACGGUCAAUAGUAACCUGUGGGAAAGUCUGACCAAUGUGUGUGACUCUGAUGGUCUGGAUGAGGGCAGAAUGAAGGGUGAUGAGUCUUGCCGGCGCUCAGUCUCACACUCUGGAGCUUCUAAAUGGCACUCUGAGGAUGAGCUGGAUGUUAAGGCUAUGAUGGAGACAUGGACAUUGCAGGAGGGCUUUCCACUCAUUACGGUGGAGGUCAGAGGUCGCGAAGUCAGACUAAGUCAAGAGCGUUACCUCAAGAGUGAUGACCCCUCACAAACAUCUAGCUUUCUGUGGCACGUUCCAUUGACUUACAUUACCAGCGGCUCAACAACAGUGCAACGCUUCCUGCUUAAGACCAAAACAGACGUGCUGUAUCUGCCAGAGGAGGUGGACUGGAUCAAGUUUAAUGUGGACAUGAGUGGAUAUUACAUUGUGCACUAUGAGGGUUCUGGCUGGGAUGACCUCAUCACGUUGCUUAAACACAAUCACACGGCGCUCAGCAGCAAUGACCGGGCCAGCCUCAUCAACAACGCCUUCCAGCUGGUCAGUGUUGGGAAGCUUCCCCUGGAUAAGGCUUUAGACCUGACCCUGUAUCUAAGCAAAGAGACUGAGAUUAUGCCAGUGACACAGGGCUUCAGUGAGCUUGUGCCUCUGUACAAACUGAUGGAGAAGAGAGACAUGGUGGAGCUGGAGAAUCAGAUGAAGGGCUACAUACUGCAGCUGUUCAGGAAGCUCAUAGACCAGCAGUCGUGGACUGAUGAUGGCUCUGUGUCUCAGAGGAUGCUGCGCAGCUACCUCCUCAUGUUUGGCUGUGUGCGGGGUCAUCCUCCCUGUGUCAGCACCGCUACACACCUCUUCAACCAGUGGAGGGACUCCGAUGGCAAUAUGAGUCUUCCCAAUGACGUGACUAUGGCUGUGUUUUCUGUUGGCGCCCGGACUGAGGAUGGCUGGGAGUUCCUGUUUGAGAAGUACAAGGAGUCUAUGUAUGUCUCGAUGAAGAACAGGAUAAAGAUGGCCCUCACGACCAGCCCUCUCGAUCACAAGCUAAAAUGGAUGAUAGAGCAGAGUCUGGUGGGAGAGGUGAUGAAGACUCAGGAUCUUCCAUAUGUUGUGACUUCAGUCAGUAAAAAUCCUAAGGCCUACAAACACGCAUGGGACUUUUUAAAAGCUAACUGGGACGCUCUAAUAAAGAAGUUUGAUCUUGGCUCACACUCUAUAGCGCACAUGGUAGUAGGAGUGACCAACCAGUAUUCCACCAGAGAAAUGCUAGCUGAGGUUCGUCGUUUCUUCAGUUCCUUGCGGGCUGAGACUGGAGCAGAACUGAGAUGUAUUCUGCAAGCCUUGGAGAACAUUGAAGAGAACAUUCGCUGGAUGGACAAGAACCUCCCCCUACUGAAGGCCUGGCUGCACAGACAGUAUGACCAGCACAAAAAUACAGAGCUGUGAAGCACUUGUACUGUAAAAGUCAUGGCUGUACACAUUUUAUUUUGCCAUUUAAAAUGAUGCAAGAAUGUUGAUAAGAACAUUGAUGUGCUAAAGUGUGUGAAAUAACUGGUUCUGAAUUUGUGAAUAUGGGAUGAAUAUUUUUGAAUAGCUGUACCGUUUCUUAUAAAUGUAUGAUUUAA